AUGAUAUAUACUGAAGAGUUGGAGAAAGAAGAAGAUAAAGAUAUGGUUAUGUUACAUUUAGUCAGAAGAAACAACAAGAGCUUUUAUGACUUAGCUAAGAUAUAUAAAUCUGACAGAAACUGGUUCUAUCGUGAAAACUUACCGAUUUCAAUGACACCGAAUGAGCAAAUAAAGGAAAUUGUCAAAAAUACUCUUCCUCAAACACACUAUGACAUCAAAGGUUGCACAAUACUUACAUUCAAAGAAGACUUAACAUUACUGAAGGAAAAAAUAACAGAAUAUUUCGAUAACUUCAAAGAGGAAGAAUGA